AUGAUAAUUAGCGUGUUGGUUGCGCGAGCGCGAGGUAGCGCACAACUAGCCGCUACCUUCCGUCGACCUUCAGAGUCGGUUCGGAGCGAGCGAUUGUCUGAGAAGCGUGCGGCGCCGGCGUCGGCGGUGAACGAACUCACCUUGACAAAUGCACCAUUUGGCAUUGUUCGCGGGAAAACCGGCGGCCUUGCGCACACCGCGCGCCGCUGCUCGACCAAUCGUGGGCCUUCGCGCCACAGCCUGCGACCGUUUUGGCGGGAAUCACUCCCCGCGUUCUCCGUUUGGCGCGAGUGUCGUUCAGCGUCAGCGUGCCACGGUUUCAGUGUGACCUUUUAA